AUGUAUGUAUUAGUAGGCGUGGCCGUAUGGGUAGCCCCAUGCUCCACGGACGGAGGGGAGAGCUGGGUGAAGUUCCCUCAGGUCGUACUUGCCUGGCCAGUAGGAACCGUCGUCUCCGGCGGCGAUGGUGUAGGGGGCGAUGAUUGCGGCGGAAGCCACGGCCAAGCAGGCGGCGAGGAAGAACUGCAAAAGAAAGAUGAUCCUGCAGGAUUUAGCUCCAGCUCACAAAGGCCAGGUCAAUUCAGCAGUGGCUGCAAAAGAACAUUGCAGAGUUCAUCUCUGCCUCGGACUGGCCCUGAUUUCAACCCACUAGAUUAUCGUCUUUGGUCCGAACUGGAGAGGAUGGCUUGCCACAGAGCAUACCCUAACUUGGAAAUCCUCAAAAAACCUCUGUUCUUCCUCGCCUUCUGCUUGGCCGUUGCUUCAGCCGCACUCAUCGCCCCCUACGCCCUUGGAGGUGACGAUGGAUCUUACUGGCCCGGCAAGUACGACCUGAGAGAACUCCAUCCAGACCUUCCAUCAGUUCCCGGAGCUCUGCCCUAUCCUCUUGUCCGUUCCUACUGGCUGUAAGAAGUUAUCCACAAGCACCAAAAAGUUACCUGGAAAUAGCUGAUAUUCAGCCUUCUCUUCACUAAAAAUAAAAUGAAAUUCAUCUUCUGUGUAUAUACUCUGUGGUUUUCCAUCAUAUUUUAAUAAACAGUCUUUAACUAUU